AUGGUGGGACGCGAUGCGGCCCGUCGUGGCGCGGUUGCUAAGCCCGCAUGCGUGCCGGCCCCACCUCCUAAAAUUAGUCCCUGGGCCAAGCCCCCCGUUACGGAGGGCCCUCCCCAACUCACGUCAGAAGCCUUCCCGCCUCUGCCACCCAAAUCGGCAUCCGCAGCGCCUUCACAAGCUCCUGCGCCGACCCCCGUCAUAAAAGAGAGGCUCACACUUAAUGCGAGCCCUCCUACUCAAGCCCUCAGCCCUCCCGCGGAGGCAUCUGAGUAG